UGAGAGUAUGAUUAAGUUGGAGGUCCCAUUUGCUUUUGCUUUAUAAACAUUAUUGGAAAUACUAUGCAUCAUUUUCUACCUAACAUCAAUCAUUUGUUCUCUCUCGAUCUUCUAAUUUUCUGUUUUUCAUUAUUCAAGCUAAUUGCUUUUUGGAGAGCACACAAAAACAUAGAGGAACAAAGCAACUAUAUCAGAAUUUUCAUCAAGUGAUAAGAUUCAGAAAAUUUGGCUACUGAAAUUUGAAAGAAACUUACAGUCAUGGAAAAACAAGGAGAAAUAGAGAAAAGGAAAGCAAACAAUUUUGAGGUGUCAUUUUCUGCUCUUCGCAAGGCCGUUGUCAACGUUCUGAAUUUCUUGGACGGGUUAAAGAAUGAAGACGGUCAAAAUGCUACUGACAAAGCCGAUCAAAUUGAAAAGCUGAAAUUUCAUCUGGAAUUUAUUUGUACAUAUGUCCAGCUUUCUCAUUGUGAUUCGGAAGAGUUUGCCGAUGAAAUUAGUGAUGCUUCAAGACAAGAGGUUGAGAAUCUGCUUCAACAAAUUUUGGAUGUUGUUGACAACAAUGUCAGUUGUAAAUACAACAUGGAUCAUGUCCUUCCUAGCCUCAUGGAUAAUAUCGAUGAUUGUAUCAGCUCGUGUUAUCAUUCUACAUCAAGUGCCACCAUGACUGACGAGCAGUUGGACUUCCUCCUCUUGAAUCUCCAUUAUCUAUCCAAGUACCUUGCUGAACAGAUAUUUUCAUUAGAGACUCAGUAUGAGAUUCUUCAUAAAGUGUGUGGCAACAUGAAGGAUUUUCAUGGGUUGAUAGUGAAUGGUUACGUUGAGCGCGAGAUUGUCGAAUAUGUCUUACCUCAGUUUCAACUCAUGGCUGAGAGAGUUGGACUCUUCCUUUGGGAUGAUCUAACUAGUGAAGACUCUAAGGUCUUCAAGCUACCUCAUCUACUCAUGAAGAUUAUUCCAAUUGAGGUGGAGGUGAUGCAAAUAUGUUAUACAAAUUUGAAAACUUCAACUUCAGCAGAAGUUGGAUGCUUCAUUAAGAAUCUCCUGGAAAUCUCUCUGGGCAUUCUUAGAGAGUAUCUGAUUCAUCUACGGCACAUGGUAAAUGUCAUUAUCGCUACAACUCCAGGGGCUCGAAACAUUCAUGUCAAUAUAGAGUUCCUUUUAAUUAUUCUUACGGAUAUGCCCAAGGACAUUAUUCAUCAUGACAAAUUAUUUGAUCUUUUGGCACGUGUUGGAGCACAUACCACAAAGGUAUCAACUCUUGUUCGUGACUUAGAAGAAAAAUCAAGGAAUGAAGAGAGUACCGAUGAAACAAGUUGUGCGACUCGAGACUUGCUGGAAAAUAUUGAACUCUUCAAGGAAGAUCUCAAAAAUGAUUAUCUGAAAGCCCCAGACCCAUCUCAAUGUUGCUUCCCCAUGAAUGAUGGACCGCUCUUCAUGCAUCUGCUACAAAUACACUUGAAUGAUCUGCUAGAUUCCAAUGCUUAUUCAAUUGCAUUGAUAAAGGAAGAAAUUGGGCUGGUGAAACAAGACGUAGAAUUCAUAAAAUCUUUUUUCACAAACAUUGAUCAAGAAUUUUAUAAAUAUCUUUGGGCACGUAUUUUAGAUGUGGCAUAUGAGGCAAAAGAUGUCAUUGAUUCGAUUAUUGUUCGAGAUAAUGGUCUCAUACUUUUUUUCUCACUUCCCCUUACCAUAAAAAAGGUCAAGCUUAUCAAAGAAGAUGUCUCCAAUAUAUCCGAGAAGAUUCCCAAGAACAAAAGACUCAAUGUUGUAAACUCUCCCAAGAAGCCAGUUGAAAGCAAGUCAUUGAUGGGUGGUAAAAUAAUUGUAGGAUUUAAGGAGGAGACAAACUGGUUAAUUAGGAAGCUCACCAGUGGACCAGCAAGUCUAGAUGUCAUUUCAAUCACUGGUAUGCCCGGUUCAGGUAAAACUACCUUGGCGUACAAAGUAUACAAUGAUGAAUCAGUUUGUAGUCAUUUCGACCUUCGUGCAUGGUGCACAGUCGACCAAGAUUAUGACAAGAGGAAGUUGCUAGUGGAACUUUUUAAUCAAGUUACUGGCUUGGAUUUGAAGUUCAGCGAAGAAAUUGAUGUUGUCGAUAAGCUGCGGAAACAAUUGUAUGGAAAGAGGUACCUAAUUGUGUUAGAUGAUGUAUAGGAUACUACUACAUGGGAUGAUUUAACAAGACCUUUCCCUGAAGUUGAGAAAGGAAGUAGAAUUAUUUUGACGACUCGACAAAAGGAAGUGGCUUUUCAUGGAAGGGGCAAUAGUGAUCCUCUUAACCUUCGAUUGCUAAGUCCAGAAGAAAGUUGGAAGUUAUUAGAGAAAAGGAAAUUUGGAGAACAGAGUUGCCCUGAUGAACUAUUGGAUGUUGGAAAAGAAAUAGCUGAAAAUUGUAAGGUACUUCCUUUGGUGGCUGGUCUGAUUGCUGGAGUCAUUGCAGGUUUGGAAAAGAAAAGGGCUGUGUGGCUUGAAGUUCGAAAUAAUUUGAAUUACUUUAUUUUUAACAGUGAAGUGGAUGUGAUGAAGGUUAUAGAAUUAAGUUAUGACCAUUUAUCUCAUCACAUGAAGCCCUGCUUUCUCUACCUUGCAUCUUUUCCAAAGGACAAAGCAAUUCAGUUUGAUGCGUUGGAAAUAUAUUGGCGCGCUGAAGGGCUUGCUGAACAGACGGAAGUACUGCAGGUUUAUUUUGAUAAAUUAAUUACCAGUAGCUUGGCAAUUAUCUUCAAUGAGAUAGGUAAUCGCCCGACUUUCCAAAUUCAUGAUCUUGUGCACGACUUUUGUCUGAUAAAAGCAAGAGAGGAAAAGUUGUUUGAGCAGAUAAGUUCAAGUGAUGCAUCUGCUUGUUUAGAUUUGAUGCCACGUAUAGUGACCAUUAAUUAUGAUAAGGAGCACUUUGGGCCUAACAAUUUCAUCCUGCUCGAUUCAAAAAUGGAAAGGCAUUCUGGUCAACACCUCUAUUCUUUGUACAUAAUGGGAGACAAGAUGGAAGAUCGUCUUUCUGAUGCAUGUCACCUAAGAGAAUUGAGGCUUCUUAGACUGUUGCACCUGGAUCCCUCUUUUGUGAUGGUGAAAGAUUCUUUGCUGAAUGAAAUAGGCAUGUUGAAUCAUUUGAGGUUCUUAAACAUUGGGACUGAAGUUAAAUCUCUGCCUUCAUCUUUCUCAAACCUCAAGAAUUUGGAAAGCCUGUUUGUUGAUAACAAAGGAUCAACCUGGGUACUAUUACCGAAUAUUUGGGAUCUUGUAAAGUUGCGAGUGCUGUCCAUGAAUGCUUGUUCUUUCUUUGAUUUGGAUAUAGAUGAACCAAUACUAAUAGCUGGAGGCUCAGAGUUAAUGAACUUGAGAGUAUUAUGGACACUCAUUCUUUCCUAUUCGAAAGAACUGGAUAUUUUCGAAAAGUUUCUCAGUCUUCAAGAGCUUUCAUUUGUUCUCAAGGAAUCAUGGGAUUAUUUAACAGAGCCUAAAGAACUAUUUUUCCUCGAAGUAGAUUUUGAAAGUUCAAACACAAAUGACAGUGGGCCCUCCGUAGCGACAAAUUGGUCGUGGGAUUUUCACUUCCCAUUGAAUUUGAAAAAAUUGGUGUUGCGUGACUUUCCUCUGACAUCUGAUUCACUAUCAACAAUAACGAGACUGCCCAACCUUGAAAACUUUUGCCUUGAGAGGAAAAUUAAGCAAGGGGAAGAAUGGAACAUGGGGGAGGAAGACACCUUUGUGAAUCUCAAAUAUUUGGCACUGGAAGAAGUGACUCUUGCUAAGUGGGAGUUUGGAGAGGAAUCCUUUCCCGUGCUUGAGAAAUUAAAACUGUGCGAAUGUCGUAAGCUUACAGAGAUUCCGCCUAAUUUUAGGGAUAUUGGUUCAUUGAAAAUCAUCCAACUUGUAGAGAGCCCCCAGCUUGAAGAUUCAGCUCUGGAGAUUAAACAAUAUGUUGAAGAUAUUAUGCAACGGGAGCUUGAGGUCCUUGGCCCAAAUAAUAUCCCAUUAUUUAUGUAGCUUGAAGAAUUAUGUGGGGGAAGUCUUGAGCACCACCAUAACAGGUAAUAAUGUUACUGCAAAAGUCCAAUGCAACAAGAAGUGGGAUAGUCAUGUGCAGAGUUUGAAUUGUGAUGCAGGGUGGUGGAAUUCACGUGCACAACAAAUCAGCCACCGAUGAACAUUUGAAGUUGAGGGACUGCUGUGUGGAAUGAUCAAUAUGUUCAAAUAGGUGCUAGCUGUACAACAUUUGGCCUCAUGUGCAACAGUAAGUUAUGCUCCUUUUGAUACAUCAAUGCACGAAAUGCCACUAAUUUGAGGACUCUAGGCUCUUCCUUACAUUCUUCGCCAUGCUACCCAGUUGGUUGAAUUUUGUUACUGGGGCCUACUUUGCUGGCGUACAGGCUGAUCCUGACGGAAUUCAGAUAAAUGUGCAGUAUGCUUUUCAAGAGUACUAUCAACUCGAAGGCUUGAGCAGGUUUUGGGAUGCACCGCCAGCCUAUUUUUUAGCUUAUAUGUUGUCCACCAUAGCCUCACAUCUUUGGUUUUAUGCCAUUCUACCAUUCAAAUCCCUGAUCUUGGUAUGAUGAUCCGGCAGUUUUACAAGUUGCACCCACUGUGGGUAUGAUUUUUCUUUUGUAUAGGUUUAUACGUUUUUGAUACUUUUGACACUAGAUACAAUGACCGUGUUUGUGAUAAAAUGGAAAAAUUUGUCAUGGUUAUUAA